UUGAGAUUUCAUAAACAAAUGAACUUUUCAUAAUGCCGCUUUCAUAAAGUCGUGAUUUCAUAAACUACAGAGUUAUCAUAAACAGAAAAUAUCCAAACGAUGAAACCCGAGCGGACUGUCACGGCUUUUAUCGCGAGAAGGGAGAUGCAGUUAGUAAACGUGAGCAAUGAUGCUAACGUUAGCUACUUCCUGUGUAGUUUUGUAACACUGUAAUAAUGGACUUAUGCAAGUUUGAAUGCGGACCAUUAUGAGGAGAGAGCUGCUGCAGGUAGAGAGGAUCCAUGAGAGGUGAGAUGUCUCAGGUGCGGCGGUCAGUGACGGAGGCGAUGUGGGCCAUGUGUGCGGCCGACUCCAUGUCCAUGCCGGUCCACUGGUACUACAACAUCGACGACAUCAGGAGGGACUUUGGCGGCUGGAUCUCAGGCUUCAACUCUCCCCGAAGCAGACAUCCAUCCAGCAUCCUCAGUCUGUCCAACACCGCCGGCAGCGGUCGGACCAGCUGGUCUUCAGGCGCCAAGCGGCCCGACGUGGUUGGAAACGUGAUCCUUCACGACAAACUAAACCUGUGGAAGUCUUCCAACGGCACGGUCCACUACCACCAAGGUCUUCAGUCUGGCGAUAACACCCUCAACGUGCUCUGUUCUUUACGAGUGCUGCGUUCGCUGGUCUCAGGACAUUUCAGUGACGUCUCCCAGCCUGAUGCUCGGGCCGCCGUGCUCUCAGACUACAUUCAGUUCCUGACAACCCCCGGCACGCACCGCGAUACCUACGCCGAGUCCUUCCACCGCUCGUUCUUCGCUGACUGGCAGGACAGGAGGCCGACGGCGCCACGAGAGGUUCUGGAGUUUGCAGAAAAACGCUCCUUAAAAAAGAUGAGCUCCUCCGUCCCAGACAGUCAGCUGGACGCCAUCGGCUGCCUUCCCAUGAUCCUCCCCUUCGUCCUGCUGUCGGCCUCGGCCAAUGAGGAGCAAGCUGUUUCAGCCGCUGUAGAGUUCGUGAAGCUCACCCACCCCCAUCCCAAGGUGUCCGAGUACGUGUCCAUCUACAGCCGGGCGCUCCACGCCGUGCUGGGCGGGGCCAGCAUUCGUCAGCAGGCCGAGCACGCUCUGAGGAGGCUGGACACCUGGGACACCUGCCAGAGCUACAGCCGUAAGGCGGCCAGGUUCCCGCUAAAAUCUGAGGAGCGUCUGAAGGUCCACCAGAGCGCCGUGAACUACCUGGGGCUGGCCUGCUACACUAAAGGAGCUCUGUCCAGCAUGUUCUAUCUCGCCUAUGAGUUUCACGAUGACCCCAAAGGAGGAAUCCUGGCCAACACCAACUGUGGAGGUGAGAACUGUAACCGGGGAACGGCGCUGGGGGCCCUGCUGGGGGCCGGGGGGUCAUACUGCGGUGCCGUCAUCCCACAGGAGUGGAAGGACAACCUCAGGGACGCUCAGGAGUUCAUCCCAGACAUCCUGAAGGAGCUGCAGUUAGUGUAGCAUCGCCCCCUGGUGGAACGGAGGGAAAUACUGUGUGUCUUCCUGUUUACAAACACAACAAUGGAACUAAGCUUUUUAUUGAUUAUCAUUGGUUUAUUUAAUUUAUGAUGAUGUGUUUUCCUUCAUUAACGUUUUCUUGGACUUUACAUUAAAGAAUCACAAGGCUGAAAGCUAAAUACACUUAAAGGGAUUGAAGCUUUAAUAUUCAAGAACUGAUACAGACUGAAAUAUCUAUUUAUGAUUUAUUAUUCUAAAUAUGAAGCAUCAGCAAACCUCUGAAGAACAAAACUACAUGUAGCUGCUCCUAUGGAAAAUAAAGUGAAAUAAAUGCUGA